AAGUUGUGUGAUCCUCUUUAGUUAAAACCCCCUCCAGUCCUCUUUCUGUCACACAGUCAUGGCAAGCGACGAGCAGAAAGCUGUCCUGGUCACAGGCUGCUCCUCCGGGAUUGGCCUUCGACUCGCAGUACUUCUGGCCCAGGACGCUAAGAAACGCUAUCAUGUUACCGCUACCAUGAGAGACCUGCGGAAGAAAGACAAGCUGGAGCAGGCAGCCGGCGACACGCUCAACAAGACCCUGAGCAUCCAGAGGCUGGACGUGUGCAGCGACGAGUCGGUGGCAGAGUGCCUGAACAACAUGAAGGACAGGAGAGUGGACGUACUGGUAAACAACGCUGGGGUCGGUCAGAUCGGGCCCAUCGAGAGCUUGAGCAUGCAGGACAUGCAGAAGGUGUUCGAGACGAACUUUUUCGGGGCGGUGCGGAUGAUAAAAGCUGUGCUGCCGGACAUGAAGAAAAGGAAGAGCGGCCACAUCGUCACGAUGAGCAGCGUGAUGGGGCUACAAGGUAUUGUCUUCAAUGACGUCUACGCGGCCUCCAAGUUCGCGAUGGAAGGGUUCUGUGAAAGCCUUGCUGUCCAGCUGCUGAAAUUCAAUGUGAAUGUGUCUCUGAUUGAGCCGGGCCCUGUGAACACAGAGUUUGAGAUGAAGCUGAUGGAGGAGGUUGGGAAGUCCCAGUUUCCGGGUGCGGACGCAGAAACUGUACGCUACUUCAAGGAAGUCUACCUGCCCGCUUCCCAUGAGAUAUUCACCACCCUGGGCCAGAGCCCUGACACUGUCGCCAAAGCAGCAAUGCAGGUGAUUGGGAUGAGGCUGCCGAGGCUCCGCUACCAGACCAACCCGCUGUACACGCCUCUGGUGGCUCUGAAGUACGCGGACGAGUCGGGGAGCCUGUCGGUGCAUACCUUCUACAACCUGCUCUUCAACUUCGGACCCCUGUUCCACCUCAGCAUGAACCUGAUCAAGUGCAUCACCUGCAACUGCUUCAGGAGGGGGGCAGUGUCUCCCAGCUGAGAGUGGAGCCCGUCAGACAGAGGGAGGCUCUGAUGGUGGCCCCAGCCUCCAGAGGGCGCAGCCCAGCCGACUGGAGGACAAAGGCCAGUCCUUAUAAACCCAUAAACCCGUCUCAAGUUUCGCUGCAUUCAAUUAGUGUGGCGGGCAGCCAAACGUUUUGCAUCACUCUACAGAAUUAACUAAUUUAAUAAAGUCGAAUGAAACCUGCUAAAUAAUGUUAACAGACUGAAUUACACACCGCUUUGUAGUUUUCUAUAUACUUAUCGGAAAAACUGGGACUUUUUAAAUCGAAAAUGAAAUACUAUACUACUGUCAUGGCUUCCGGACGGUAGACUUUUGCGAUGUCGUUUUGUAGUUUCUUUGAUUACAUGAUGUUAAAUAAAAGAUCAAUUCAAAACAAUGUAACAAAGGUCCACACUCAUAGGAAAAAACAAAUUAAUUCAAAAAAGUCAUUUUCAUUAUUUAGUCUUCAUUUCUCAACUUAAUUUUUUUUAAAGAACAAACAGAUUAAAAGGUCUAAUCCACAAAGAAAAAUCACAAACAUGUUUCAGCCAAAAAGGCUUCAUCAGUGUGUAUACACACAGCUUCAAUACCUCAAUUUAAAUACACUGAGUUUAACAGGUAAUUACAAUAAAGUGUUAGUUCAUGGACAUGCAACACAAAUUACCAAUUGAUUUGCCACACCUGGUAUAUCACAGAUAUUUGUUCAUCAAUUUUCGAUUAGGUUAUAAAUUGCUAUCUCAGUGUAAUUUACAUACAAAAUAAAACAUUCCAAAAAUUGAAUUACAGACCUCAAUUAAUCUUAAAACAAAAAUGAGGUAUCGUUCAUAAAAAAGUACCAAAUCUAAUUCUUAAUUUAAUCCAUUGGGUACCAUAAAGUUAAAUAAAAGAUCUAAAUUAUGUUCAUAUAGUUUUUAUUUAUUUUUUUUUUUAAAUGAUGUCUCAAACCUAAAAUUCUAGGGCAGUGCUGCCCAAACGCGGUCCUGGAGAGCCCUUAUCCAGUACGCUUUGUAGGUCACCCUAAAUCGCUAAUUUCUAAAGACUGGGAACACAUGGAAGUUAUUGAUCAAUUAAGCGAAUAACUUGUUCAGUUAAGGGAACUCUGGUCAUUGGGCCAGUUUGCAUGCUGGGAAAAUGUCAUGACUUGUUUACUGUCAUGACUUAUUUAUUGUGGUACGGUCUGGAUUACAAUUUUAGUCAGUUUUGGUUUAUGUUUAGUUUAUGUUUGAAUACAAAUGUAAUUCAUUAUACAAAAAUCAAAUACAACAUGAAGUUUCAAAGCAGGAAUUGUUAAAUUAAAUAAACCAAAAUUAUCUAAAAUUAUAAUUCAGCUCUACCACCUUAAAUAAGUCAUGACAGUAGACAGAUAAGUCGUGACAUUUUCCCAGCAUGUAAUCCAGGCCAUUGAGGGCUGAAAAGGGUAGUUCAUUUUUUGUACCAAAUGAUCUCUAAAUGACUUCAUUUAAUAAAUCACCUACUUAAUUGAUCACAAUUGAGCACAAUGAAAUUGUUCCAGGUGUUAAGAAAUUGAUGAUUAAAGGUUACCUAUAAAACCUGCUGGAUAGGGGCUCUCCAGGACUGGGUUUGGGCAGCACUGUUCUACGGGAUGCAAAGCAUUGAGCUGUAAAGUCAGUGCAAACCUGCUACCCUGAAGUCAGCUUCAUGAAGAGUCCUCUAGAUUGGAAGGCAGGGUUGUACCUUGAUGGGACCCCUUCGCUCCAUCACAGAUGUCACCAGACACGGAGCCAUGGGGAGCAUUUGGAACUGAUUGUAGGGUGCCAUUGCUGAUAAAAAAAAAAAAAAAAAAUUAAAAAGUUGGUCGGAACGCGUAUUGAUGCAACGUUAACUGGAGUACGCAAUCUAUUUAGCUUUGGUUGCGUGUCUCUUUUCACCUGUGUAUUUUCCAUAAUGACCUUCGUUCGGUUAAGGGAGGAGAGGAUUUGAUACGUUAUUAUUGCACAAUAUAUUAUUAUUAUUAUUAUUAUUAUUAUUAUUAUUAUUAUUAUUAUUAUUAUUAUUAAUUUAUUUAUUUCUUAGCAGACGCCCUUAUCCAGGGCGAUUUACAAUCAUAAACAAAUACAUUUCAGUUUUGAUCUUUUAUUGAACAUCAUGUAAUCAAAGAAACUACAAAGCGGCGUGUAAUUCAAUAUGUUAACGUAAUCAGCAGGUUUCAUUCGACUUUAAGAAGCAAAAUGUGUUCAUUCUAUAGGGUGAUGCAAAACUUCUGGCCAGGUCUGUAAGGACAAUUCACUAAUCCAGACAAGGUCAGGUUUCAGAAUGUUGAUUCAGUGUGAAUCUGCAGCACCUGAAAAACGAAGCUACAGUCUAAAAGCUGCUAAGCAAGUUAUAGCUAAGAAAGGACUAAUGCUGCCUAAAUGUUACCCUUCAGCAGAUCAGGGGGGGGAUUAGGCACCUGCAAUUAUCCAAAUCGCGGGAAACGCACCGCGAAAAUGAGUCUCCCUCCCCUCACAAUUAACUUCCCAUUACAGUAAGUGGAAAAGCAUUCCAGAUAACAUCUUACAGAGGCCUAUAGUAUGUUUUUAUGUCUAAUCACAUUUCCAAUGAUUUGUAGGAAUGCGCCUGAAGCUAAAUGACAUUUGUUACGCGGACCUUAGAAAGACAAAUAAACAUGAAUGCUUUGACACA